AUGUGUAAUGUGCAUUUGAUUAAACCUUGCUAUCAAACAACUCUUAUCAAGCCAACAGAGCUAGUGUCAGUCAUGUCUGAUGGCGCAGGAGUUUUGGAGGUGGAAGAAGACGAUGAGUGCUGGGCACGGCUGGAAGACUACAGAAUGCUUCUCAUCAAGACCAUUGAGCCCUCAAGGAUAACACCUUAUCUGAGACAGUGUAAGGUUCUGAGCAGCGAGGACGAGGAACAGAUCUACAAUGACCCCAGUCUGGUUAUCAGACGCCGAAAAGUUGGGGUGCUGCUGGACAUAUUACAAAGAACUGGCCUCAAAGGAUAUGAGGCAUUUUUAGAGAGUUUGGAGCUGAACUACCCAGAUGUGUACCGCAAAAUCACUGGCAAAGAGCCUGCUAGGGUCUUCUCCGUACUAAUUGACACUGCCGGCGAAUGUGGCCUCACUCAGUUCCUCAUGAGCGAGGUGUCUCGCCUUCAGAAGCUCGCACAGGAUGAACGGAAGGCGCGACUCGAAGCGUCUGCGCAGGCGGCGGAGCAGCUGGACACCAUCCGCCAGCUGCAGCUGCGGGACAGCGAGCUUCACAAACAGCAGGACCGUGUGCAGCGCAUCCGAGAGGAGCGUGAGCGCAUAUGCGAGGAAGCGCGUAAACUGAGAGACGAGAAUUACCGACUGAUGCACGAUCUGACCCGACUGAGCGAGGAGAAGAACUGCGCGCUCAUGUGUAACAGAGACCUCCAACUCGAGAUUGAGAAAUUGAAACACAGCUUAAUGAAUGCAGAAAGUAACUCAAAGAUCCAACGGAAAAAGACAAUAACUUUAAAAAAUGCCAUGGAGCAGAGGCCGAGUCCAGAGAUGGUCUGGCAGCUGCAGAGAGAAAAUGAUCUUCUUACAGCUCGUAUACAAGAGCUUGAAAGUGCCUCCAUGGUCAAAACUCUGGAGCAUGAAAAGCUUGGUUCACAGUCAUUGGAGGAUUUAAAGCAACAAAGUCAGGCACAAUACCAGGAGCUGGUGAAUGAUCUCUACAAUCUAAGGAGAGAUCUACAUGACGCAGAAGAGUUGCGUGAUAAGUAUCGAGAAGAGAAGGAUGAGUUGGAACUGAAGUGCACAAUGCUAAGAAAGGACUCCAAAAUGUAUCGUGAUCGAAUGGAAGACAUUCUGAAGCAGCUGGAAGAGGUGAUCAAAGAAAGAGACAAGGCUAUUUGUACAAGAGAGGAGUACCAUUUGGAGAACUCAAAAAAUCUCCAAGACAAGGACCAGUACCGCAAACAGAUCCGGGAGAUGGGAGAACGUUAUGAUGAACUUCAAGUGCAGUUGUUUCGAACUCAAGGAGAUGUUCUUGCUCUUCAAGCAAAACUUCGCAAACAGAAAAACCCAAUUCAAGUGAACUCAGAAGAAAGCUCUUUGCUCAGUUCAUUUGAGCUGAAAAGUCAAACUAGCGAAGAGGAGGCCAGGGAAAGGGGUGAAAAGGAUAUGAGUGAAGAAUCACAGAGCCAAACAUCUGGCGAGUACAAUUCGUGUCUGUUUUCCGAGAGGAUGUUCUCUGAAGAGGACGCCUCAGGUAACUGCAGACCUAAAGGAAAAUGCAACUUCCAUUACAGGAGGAAACGUGCUUUAAGAACCAGAAAAAUCACAGACAAAGAGAAUGUGCCGUGCAUCCUGGACAACACCACCGGGAGUGAUACAGAUGGGAUGUGACACACAGCUUUGGACAAGAUGAAGAACUGUGGCCUUCUUUGAAAGCAUAUUUAAUCACAAUACAACAUUGUUCUGCAUCCAGUGACUCAUAAAACCAGGUUGAAGGUG